AUGCCUCCUGAUAUUGGCGAGGGCUGGGAGUCUCAUUUCUCUAUGAACCGAGUGCACUCUCAAGGUUCAAGCGUCAUGUCGCAUACUCAACCACACAGCCGUCCAGGCACGGCUGAUCCAUUGCGGUCUCGAUCAAAUACUGCGGUGUCGAAGGGCCCUCGUCGCCCACGUUCCAGAGGGUCCACCGCUAGCAUUCAUUCUAGCACGACACAACAAACCCAAGAGCACAUGGGCGAUAACUUUUCUCCCUUUAUAGCACCUCAAACCGGCCCAGGUAACAACAUGUUCAAUUCGAACCCUGAAGAUAUGAUCAUGCGCUUCGGUCAGCAGCUGGCUCAUUCAAAUAGUGGAGGAUCCCUUGAGGUGGCUAUGCAUGAUACUCAUGGCAAUGUGAUGCCCCGACCAGAGGACUAUCAUGGACUCCCAAAUUCAGUACCCGAAAUGGUUCCUCAUGGUCUUCACAAUUUACCGGUCAAUCAUUAUGGUCACCUUUAUGACACUAGUGCACUCGACACUCAAAUGUCAGAGCGAACAGGCGACGAAAAUGAGAAUUCAGAGGCCGGUUCUCGGAAGAAGCGAGGAUCUACAUCAACCGUAGCUAAUGACAACGAAUUGAGGAAGCUGUUGCGUCAGUAUGAGGGCUUCACAUUGAAGCAAAUGGCUGCUGAAGUCCAAAAGCACGAGGGUGCUGGGGGUAAGUCGGAAAAGGUGAAACAGGUCUUUGCUAUGGUGUGGUUGAAGGAAAACUGCAGAAAAAAUAGUGGAUCUGUUCGACGAGAUCGUGUUUACUGUUGUUACGCAGAAAGAUGCGGAAGUGAACAUGUUUCCGUUUUGAAUCCAGCUUCUUUUGGAAAGCUUGUUCGAAUCAUUUUCCCUAACGUUCAGACUCGUCGAUUGGGCGUUAGAGGUGAAUCAAAAUAUCACUACGUUGAUCUCACAGUCAUCGAGGAAAAGCAGCAACCUAUUGCUAGCCAGAAUCCUCAAUAUCAAUCCUUGAAUGGGCAGAUUAAUAGAGAUGGAAGCUUAGACUCUUCAAUACGGCCGCGCAGUGUUAGUAUCUCUCAGCCGCCGGCUGAUACAGCCGUGUUUCCAUCUCCUACCACUUCUUUUACACCCAAGUUCUUGGUAGUUCCAACUAGCGCAGGAUGCAUCUGUGAUUCAGAGGCUCAAUCCAAAGCUGAUGCGAUUAUCACACUCGAAAAUGUUGCUAAACAGAGCGGACGAAUGAUGCACCAAAUGCUUUCAUUUCCAUCCUCUACUACACCGCCUGUCGACAACGAGUCCUUACGAUUACCCGAUAUUGCCUCUUAUCUCCCCGCAAACGCAGACUCAAAAGUUGCAGAUGCGCUGGCUGCACUGUAUCGAACUCAUUGCAUUUCGGUCAUCGAUAGUUUUCGGUUUUGCAAAGAACGCAACCUAUUUCGAUACUUUUCUGCAUUCCACGGCACGUUGACUGUUCCUGUACAGAAACUCCUCAUCCAUCCCAACCUUGCUCCUUGGAUUAAGGAAUGUGACUGGUUGAUGUAUCAAAAAAUGAUAGAAUUCCUUGCUCCUUUGACUACCCAGGUUGUGCCACAGCCAGUGCUCGACGCGUUUGGCUCUAUUUCACGACGUCUCGCAAAUCACAUCUCUGACACUUUCAAAUCUCAACCCGUCCAUGUAUCACUGGCGAGGUUAGCUCCAGCACAUGUUUUUUGCAAUCUUCUCAAACAUAUGCUUGAUGUCAACCAGGCUGCCAAUGCAGCAGCAGCAUGGCUCUGCCAUCCAGAUAAUCGAAAUCAGAUGUGGCUUGAUUUCGCUACCUUUGUGGAUCCCAAAGAAAUGAUCCUGAAAGCGAACAUUCCAUUCUGCUCUGAGGAUACAACCGAAAAAAUAUUGAAAUACGACGUUCGUGCACUUUUGACACCAUUGGACAAUCCAACAUCCCCUAGCGUCCCAUCAUCCUAUCAACAGGCUGGCGGAGACAUGAACACUGAAAAACAUGCUGUUCAGUCAUCAACUGGUGAAGAGUAUAAUUUCCCAGACAAAUGGAUAUCGUUCAUACUCAACCUAUCUUCACUUUUCCCUAACCAUCCCGCGCAGUGCGUCGUUGAAAAGGUCGAUAGGCUAUGGGAUUGUGUUCUCCAUCGACUAACACUUGCUGGAGCUCAAAGUUUUAGUGCCUGGUGGAUUACAAAGGUGUUCUUUCAUGAAAUGUUGAUGUGGCAAGUGGAAAAAGGUGGUUUCAUGAAACACACUCCAGGAUCACUGCAAAUUUCUCUCGAAACAUCCGACUCAAAACCUCAACACCAUGCUCCAAGGCAAGGAAGCUUCUCAGUCCCAGUCAAGGAUGAGUCUUUUUCACUUUCGGAGAACCAGCACACCAACUCUCAUUCCAGGAUUUCUGGGUCUAGCACCUAUGGGCAAUCUUUAGAAACGAAUCUCGACGCCAGACCCACGAACGAGGUAUCAGCAUUAUCUGAAAGUAUGACGAGUCUUCACCCUACACAUCAUGACGACAGUGCUAUUGGUCUGGAAGAGGACUCUAUGCUAAUGACGGGUAAAUACGACAUUAUGGCGGAUGCAACAGAUGCUAAUGGCGAUGUUGUUGUUAUUUAA